AGAACGUACGGGUCGCUGGACAUUGGAAAUGUAGCGAAUUCACUUCCUCGAUGUAGUAGGAUCAAGUAGGAUAAAGCUCAUUAAUAUUCUUUGAGUUUGUCUAAAAGAACUAGCACAUUUUCAACUAAAAAUAACGGCAUUUUGGAUGCAGUCGUAGCUGUUUUUUACUGUUCCACUUUUAACAUGGCCGAAGCCGAUGUUGAUUCGUCAAAACGUGAAAUGACAGAUGAUGCGGUUGCGGCGAGUCCUUACCCUCCUGUUUCGGACCUCAGAAGCGUUCUGGUAACAAGUGUUUUGAAUUUAGAGAAGCUUGACACCGACCUUUACAGAGGAAAACAUCACUGGAUUCCACGGACUCGCCGCCUUUUUGGUGGCCAAAUUGUGGGACAGGCUUUAGUAGCCGCUGCCAAGUCCGUUGGUGAUGAUGUCUACGCUCAUUCGCUGCAUUGUUACUUUGUAAAAGCAGGAGAUCCUAAAGUUCCAGUGCUUUACCAGGUUGAACGAACACGAAAUGGCCAUAGUUUCUCCAUUAGGUCAGUGAAGGCCAUCCAGCAUGGUCAACCUAUCCUAAUAUGCCAAGCAUCCUUUCACAUGCAGCAGCCCAGUCCACUGGAGCACCAGUUCACCAUGCCCAGUGUUCCUUCACCUGCUGCUCUGCUCACAGUGGAGGAACUGAUCCAGCAAUACCUUAGUGACCCAAAUGUGGCUGAUGUUACCAAGCAGGGUUUGAACAAGAUAUUGGCAGAUGAGGUUCCUAUCGAGAUCAAACCGGUGAAUCCACCUGAUGUUUAUAGGCAUCUUGCCAUGGAACCCAAAAAGCUGUUCUGGGUCCGAGCAAAGGGACAUAUAGGAGAGGAUGACAUGAAACUGCACUGUUGUGUUGCUGCCUAUGUGUCAGACUACUCUUUCCUUGGCACUACACUGCAGCCUUUCCCCAAGCACAGGGUCCAGUUCGCAGCCUCCCUGGAUCAUGCCAUGUGGUUCCACAAUACAUUCAGAGCAGACCAGUGGAUGCUGUAUGAAUGUGAAAGUCCUUGGGCCGGCGGUAGCAGAGGACUGGUACAAGGCCGCUUGUGGAGAGAAGAUGGUGUUCUUGCAGCUUCUUGUGUGCAAGAGGGACUGUUAAGAGUGAGAGAUGUGACUCAGAGUAAAUUGUAGAUGACUUUGGAAAACUUGAAUUUUAGGUGUUGUUGCCAUUCCUCCAUAUACUUUGUAUGCAGUGGAAUGAGGUGUCCUUUCGUUUGGUCCAUGGUCCUACAUACAACAGUACGGUAUACUGGACUACAUAAGUGUGAAAAUCUGCAUAAGACCAUCCUAUGAAAGAUUUAAGUAUCUCUGUAAUUUCCCCCAUAAAACAUGUUAUUUUAACUGAU